GGAGCCCGCCCUUCCAGAGGAGGAGGGGUCUCGAACCAUUUUAAGAACCUUUCCCGGUCCAAAAAUAUCCCUGCAUAAAAUUUUCACUACGAUCGUUCAAGUAGUUUCCGAGCUAAAAGGGUCAAAUAGACAGAAAUUCAUUUUUAUGUAUAUAGAAGAUUAUGUAUAUAGAUAUCCAUUAUCUGGACUUUUUAAAAUUUGCAAACUUUUACAUCUUGUUAGAAUUUGAAAAGUUUUUGAAAAAAAAUGUUUUUUUAAAUGCAUUUAAUUUUUUUUUAAUUUAAUUUUUCUAAAACUUUUGAUAUUUUGAAAAUAAAAAAAAUAAAACCUGAAAUUAUGGAAGCUUUUCAAAACUUUCAAAAGAUUUUAAAAUCUUCAAACUAAAAUAAUGAAAAUAUGAUGAAAAUGAAAAUUUAAUUAGUUAGCAGAACCAUUUUUUCAUAUUUGCAAUUUGAUGUUUGCUCUGCGAUUCGAUUCCAUUUGGACCAUCAUUAACCUCUUUUCGAAGGAUGAAGUAUUCUACAUGCCACAUUCGUUGGAUUAGUUCUCGAGUUACGCAGAUUUUUUUUCUAUUUGUGUGGAAACCCACCCUUUUAAAUGGAGAAAGUUCUUUCUCUCACCCGGACUCAAAACCCUUGCAUAUACAUUUCCACGACGAUCGAUUCAAUAGUUUCCGAACCUAUAAGGGAGAGGCAGACAAUUUUUUUUAAUGUACAAAGAUAAAGAAAAUAUGGUGUCAGGCCAUUAGGCCGAAGGCCAUUUGGCCGAAGGUCAUUAGGCCGAAUGGUCAUUAGGCCGAAUUAGCAAAAAGAAGCAAAAAUUUAAAAAUGAGAAGUGCUUUCUUCACGUUACCCCUUGUUUCUUCUUGCUUCUUCCUUCUUUUAUCUCUCUUCUUCCUUUUUUUCUUUUUCGCUCUUCCUUCUUGCUCCUUUCUAUUUCCUUCUUCUGUACUAUUUUUGUCUUCUCCUUUCUUUCUUCAUAUUUCUGCAUUCCUCUUCCUUCUUUCUUCCUUCAUUCUUCAUCUUCCUUCUUUUUUCUUCUUUUCCCCACCCUUCUUCUUUCUACUUUCUUCUUCUUGUUUCCUUCUUCUUUCUCCUUUCUUCUUUCUUCCUUCCCUCCUUCUUUUUUUAUUCUUCUUUCUUUUUCUUUUUUCCUUUUUGCUUCUUUUUUUCUUCUUCCUUCUCAAUUAUUCCUUCUUUCUUCUUCAUUUUUCCUUCUUCGCUUUUUUCUCCCUUCUAACUUCUUCCUUCUUCCUUAUUCUUCAUUCCUUCUUCCUUCCUCUUUCUUCCUUCUUCUUUCUACCUUCUUUCAUUUUUCUUCUUCCUUCUUUCUUCCUUCUUCAUUCUUCCUUCUUCUUUCUUCCAUUUUCCUUCUUCCUUGUUCCUUCUUUCUUCCUUCUUUUUUCUUCCUUCUUCCUCCUUCCUCCUUCCUUCUUCCUUCUUCCUUCUUCUUCCUUCGUUCUUCCUUCUUUUUUCUUCCUUCUUCCUUCCUCCUUUUUCCUUCUUCCUUCUUCUUUCUUCCUUCUUUCUUCUUCCUUCUUCCUUUUUUUCUUCCUUCUUCCUUCCUCCUUCUUCUUUCUUCCUUCUUUCUUCUUUCUUCCAUUUUCUUCUUUCUUUCUCCCGUCUUCUCUCUUUCUUAUUCUUUCUUUCUUCUUCCAUCUUCCUUCUUCCUUCUUCCUUCUUCCUUCUUCCUUCUUCCUUCUUCCUUCUUCCUUUUUCCUUCUUCCUUCUUCCUUCUUCUUUCUUCCUUCUUUCUUUAUUUUCUCUACUUCCUUCCUCCUUCUUCCUUCUUUAUUCUUCCUACUUCCUUCUUUAUUUUUUAUUUUUCCUUCUUCCCUUUUUAUUCUUCCUUAUUUCUUUUUCCUUCUUCCCUCUUCUUUCCACCUUCUUUCACCUCUCUUCUUCUUUGUUCUUCCUUAAUCUUCCUUCUUCUUUCUUCUUUCUUCCGUUUUCUUCCUCCUUUCUCCCGUCUUCUUGCUUUUCUAUCCUUUUUUCUUCCUUCUUCCUCCUUCCUUCCUUCUUCCUUCUCCCUUCUUCCUUCUUUAUUCUUCCUUCUUCUUCUUCCUUUUUUCUUCUUCCUUCUUCUUUCCACCUUCGUUCACCUCUCUUCUUCUUUCUUCUUCCUUCUUCUUCCUUCUUUCUUCCGUUUUCUUCCUUCUUUCCCUGUCUUCUUUAUUUCUUAUUCUUUUUUUCUUCCUUCUUCCUUCUUUAUUCUUCCUUCUUCAUUCUUCCUUCUUCCUUCUUCCUUACUUCACACAACUCAUUUCUCACUCCCAAGUUCUCUGUAAAUUUUGAGAAAUCCGUUGUAUUUGUUCUAUUUUUAUGUUUUGUUUUUCUCUUCAUAAUACCGUUAAAAGCUCUGUGAUAUGUCCUUUCCAAAACGUCCUACCAUUUGAUAGCAUCUCCGUUUUCUACCCCAACUUCUGUUCGAACUAUCGGUUCGAUAGUUAAUUAAACGCUAAACCCGGACUAAUACCAAGGUUAUGACAAUUUCAAAAUUCAAUUUGGCUUUCCAAUUUAUGAGCGACGUCACGGGUCAAAUUGUCAAUCACCGAUCGGGCAUCGGCAUUCGUGCCAGUAACUCGACUGGAUGGGAAUUAAAACUGUAAUAGCCUAUUUUAUUGCGUCAUCAGCUUUUCCUCGCUGGUCAAUCGAGAACCACCGCUGACCCAAAACCAAUACGAUGCAGGCGGCACCACCAGCUGAUAUUUCGUAUUGUGGAUUAUUGGCAGUGGGUUUCUGUCGGUGGACCGACGGAUAUUUUGGACGCAAAAACCGCAACCUCGGCAGGAUUGAUUUCUGUUUGUUUUUCUGUCGGAAUAUUUACCCCAUACCGAGUGAAACCACCGCGGUUAAAUUGAAAGCCAUAUUGGAUUGUGCACGGUGAGGAGGACCCGCUUCAAUGGAUUUGUCGCUUUUUAAACUUGGGUAGUUUUAUACAACCGUGUGGUUAAUUUGAUUAAACGUUAUUCCUUGUUCGGUUCAUUUGAAACAUCUGGACACCUAUUUUGACCCUUCAAAACCCUGUCUGUUCGUGUGCUUUUAGGGUCCUGUGCAAGGGAAGCGAAUUAUUUUUCUAGAUGCAAUACCCGCUUCAUUAAUUGAUUUUUUUUGCCUUUCAUCAAUGCUUGUGCAUCGUCAAUCGAGCGAAUUAGCAUCAAAGCUCAUUAAACCACCAUUCGCUCCAGCAGCUUCGCGUUUAACGACUAUUUUAUAAUUAAUCAGCAGAACUCCGAACCAUUUUCCCGAUCAAAUUCAAUCAAGCGAUUAUUUUCUUAUAUGGAUGGAGAAUUUAUUGCAGUUUGCUCUGAGGAGCUUUCACAGAGCUUCCAUUCAACCGAUGCCCUGGGGAAUAUUAAUAACGAGUUUUGAAUUUGCGGCUUAGUGGAGAUAACGUUCCUCCGCCUUGACUUUCAACGGAAAUAGGGAAAAUACACAAAAACCGGAAUAGCGUCGAAGGCAGAACGGAAUCCCUCACCUGGAAGUUUAACCCGGACAGCAGCAAGAGAAUGUGCAAAGUUUCCUGCGGGUGUGCAGCAAAGGUAAACUUUGCUUUUAAUUCCAUCUUUACCGCAAAGUUAAUCCAGCUAUUUUUUUUUACGAAACCGCGCUUCAGUUUGCACACAGAGUCAACUGCAAAAACCACUGCGCUACUGUUUGGAGUGAAAACCGCCGUUCGAUGGAAAGUUCCCAGCCCAUAUUCGGUUGCUGGUUCGGUUUGACUUUCGGCCGGGCGUAAGGCCAUUAUGUCGACCAAGAGCAGAGCAAAACUGAAUUUGCCUACCUACUACUUAUUCCGUACCGCACCGCACCAUGGGCAUUGGGUUUUCGGAUGGAACGAGUUUUGCACCGAAAAGUCGGUCAAAUAUUUGUUGACCCGCAACUUACACUCCAGAAUUGCGAGAUAAAAGAGUUUCGGAAGAAAAGUGCAUUCCACAGUUUGCCGGCGAUGGAACCAGUACUCGGGCGCGCGCAAUGAUCGUCGGAGCAGACGCUCCACUCCGAAGACAAACUCAUCCUCCGCCCGUACGGCUUAAGCGGAAAGUAAAAUAAAGGAUUAGUGUCUGAUAUAAAACUUUAUAUGAACUUAACCCGCUUUUCCGACUUCAUUUGGUGUAGCAGCAGUAGCAGCAGUUGACUCCCAAGUAUAACUAAAAACUCAUUUUGGAUCCGUCCGGUUCAGUGCGACAGCAGCAGCUCAGAUGCUGGGAAGUGUAUUUUGUUGGAAAUUUUCUCUAACUCGCUGUCUCAUUUGUAUGUUUCGCUCGGUGAAGUGUAACCAACAUGGAAGGGAUGAUGAGAUUUUCAUGUCUUCGAUGUGU